GGCAGGUCGGGACUCAGCGCCCUCCUCUCGACCUCCGCCAACCCCGAGUCUUGAAACUCGUUGUUUCCCAGAAAUAACGUGGGCAGGACUCCUCCACUGAGGAGCAGAAAGAGAAAAGUAAACUCAGCCUGGUUUGGGUCUGAUGGGAGCACUGUGCUUAGGGCAAAUCCUGAGGUGUGGAAUUUCCAGAUCUCAUUUUCCUGUUUUGUUUCCAAAACAAGUUAGGUUAUCGUUCCUGGUUCGUCUCGGGGGGCCCUCUGCUUAAUUGAUUGGGAACAAUAUGUACAGUACAUAACGGUUUCUUCGAGGCAUUGAACUAGAUACCAAGAGUACAGAAUCCUCUGCAUUGACGUUUACCUUCACUAUGUGUAAGCAGGUGUAGGAAAGUGUAGAAGGGAUCGAGGGAUAGGAUGAGAAUUCAGGUAUGUCAGGAGAUUUACUUCUCUCAUCCAAAAUUACGUGUACCCUGACAUGUUUGUGGAGCAGACAAGCAGAGGGCGGGAAGAAGUAUUUUAUGUGUUUAUUUUUCAGGGCAAACUCUUUGAUUCUACAAUAGCUGAUGAAGGAACAUGGACUUUGGAGGAUAGAAAAAUGGUCCGCAUUGUUCUUACUAAGACAAAGAGAGAUGCAGCAAACUGCUGGACUUCUCUUCUAGAAUCUGAAUAUGCUGCUGAUCCUUGGGUGCAGGACCAAAUGCAGAGAAAGCUUACUUUGGAAAGGUUCCAGAAAGAAAAUCCUGGUUUUGACUUCAGUGGAGCAGAAAUCUCAGGAAACUAUACUAAAGGUGGACCAGAUUUCUCGAACCUUGAGAAAUAAUUGCUAUUUUUUAAAUGCAUUCUGUGGAUCCUAACAAAUAUUACCAAUUUAAUCAAAGGAACAGAUUAUGUAAUAGAAGACGACUAAGGAUGCCUACGGUUAACAAAUUGUAAAAUAUAUUUAAGUAUGGUUCUAAAAUUGUAUUUAAAUAUGAUUUACAUAGGAAACGUACUACGAGAGCUAAUCUAUGGAUAUAUGAUAACUUUUUGGACUUGUUUUUGCUCAGCAUGACAUUUUAUAUGCUGCAUUUUACUAAUUUCAUAUUUAAUUGUAUUUUUACUACAAAAAACAUCAAUGUAUGUGAUAUGAAAUGAAAGUAUGCCAUCAGGGAAAAAUUGUUUUUCUUUGCUAAGUGUGAUGCAGGAAUAACAUUCAAUAAACUCUUCUAAAUAGAA